GUUCGCGCCGCGCCGGUACCACGUGGUCCCCAUAUUGCCUGGGCCAUGUGGAGCGGCAAGAUGGCGAUGCGGGGGAAAAGGAAAGAUGGGCAUUUUAAACCCGGCAAAGGGUAUUUUCUAUCCAACAACAGCCCCGAUGAGUUUAACUCAGACAUUGAAAUGAACACUCACACCUCUGUGGAUCACUCCAUUCUGGCAAUUUUUGAGGAUACUUCUGUGUCAGAGGACAAGGCAGCUGCAGAGGAGGACAGUGUGAAGCUGCUGUCAGCUCUCACAGAGAUGUUAGAAAGUGUGGAGGAUGAUGAUGACACUUUAUCUCCUUUUAGUAGUUUACCAGAAACCUCACUUCUCACUAAGGAGGUGUGUUUGUCUGAUACACUCGGAGAGGAGGAAAAGUCUAAGCUUGAAGGAACUAGAAACAAAAAAGUAGAUGUUGAAGUUGAAGUUUUUACCUCUUUGUCUCUGGUAAACCUGGUGAAGAUCAUGCACCCAUACUGCCUGAAGCUGCAGGUGGAGGAGGAUCCUGAGAAGUCCUUCAAAAGCAGUGUGUUAUUCUCCAAAGAAGAGGUGUGGAAGUACCAGAGGCCCACAGAAGACAUGGACGAGGAGAUCAAUGUUGUGUCCGAUGAUGAAGGAUCUGUAGAGAAAAUUGAGAGACAGGAAAACAGCAGCAAACCUCUGAAGAGUGUGUUAAUCAGUGGAAGUCCAACUAAGAAAGAGAGAAAGAGAGUAAGCUUUGGCCCUGUGCAAGUUGCCGCUUUUGAUCUGGAUAGUCAAACAAGUGACAUUGCAUCUUCAGCAACAAACCAUAGCCCCAAAGCACAUGAUAAAAACACAGCGCUUCAAGCUACAGAUUCUUCAGAAAAUGACCAACUGCCAGUUGCAUGGCCACAAAAACCUGAGGGAAAAAUAAAAGAAAAGUUAAGUCUUCAGCAGUACAGGCAACUAAGACAAAAGAGACAACCCCUGGUGGAAAAACAAGGCAAUUACACCACCAAAUGGCCUGCUGUGUCUGUGCCCCCAAAAGAGUUGACUCCUAUACCUGGAGUGAAUGGACUGAGGCAGAGUAAUUGUAAACCAACACAUCAUUCAACAGGUGUUUCUCAUGGGUCAAAAACAUCAUCUAAUGUUCAAACUGUAAAAAUAAAGGCUUCCAGUUAUGUACCGCAUAAAGCAAAACAUUCAAGACCCAAUGGCAAGACUCAACCUUUUGCCCCUCUUCCUAAUUUACCUGCUCAAGUUUGUAAGAAAAGCCCAACGAAGAAACAAACAAUCAUGAGUAGUGAUCCUCCAAAUCCUGUUCUUGUACCCCUGCCAGUUCAGCCCCCACCAACGAAUGAACCAGCACUUACCCAAGAUGAGUAUUCCCACAAUCAGCACUCAACUGAAGAAGCAUUUAUGGCAACAUGUAACAAAGCUUCAAAGUGUGACAACCAAAGUGUCGUCCCAGGAGAAAAAAAUAAACAUUUACCAAAUACCCUCAGCUUGACAAACCAAUGUAAUCUGAUGCCUGUAAAUAGUCCCCCCUCUUUGCCUUAUGAACCACUUACGCCAGCCUCUACCCCAGUCAAGGAGAUGACACCUGAGGUCGCCUUUGGGAUUUCAUCACCUUCUCAUCACUCACCGCUGUGCACUUCCUCAGGAAUCGAAGCCUCAGAUCUGACCAGUCUGCUUGAGCAGUUUGAGGAAACACAAGCUAAAGAGGAAGGAGGGACUGAGAGAGCACUACAGGUCAACGGUGAACACUUUAGUAAAUUAGAUUCAGCUGCUUCAAAUUCAAUUCUGCAGGCAAUCUCACUCUCUUCUCCUGACCCUACACUUCCUACUACUGAGAAACCAUCAAGCACUUCUGGUCCCAUAGCAGCACUCUUAGAUGGUCGCCCACAUUUAAGAAUCCCAGAACCAUUUGGCACUGAAGUCAUCCUCGGCACUCAAGAGCAGCCUGUAAAAAGAAAAGGACCUCCAAUCAAAGCUAUACAGAUAAUCGACCCUCGUCCAAUGCCAUUCAAAAGGACACAUACAAACCUCACAGAGUCGGCUUAUACCUCUCCACAUGUAUAUGCAGCUAUAUCUUCUGAUCAUGAUUAUUGCACUGUCUUGGACGCCAGCAAAACCUCAAGUGAAUCAGAAUCCACUGAAGUCAAGUCACCUAACCCAAAUGCCCCAGUUUCAUUCUCCAAACAAAUAAUAGUGGUUGAUAAACUUGAAAAUUCAGUGGACAUGAAUACAACACAAGAAGAACAGACAAAGCCGCCCACAAGUCAGGCAGCAUUAUUAACAGAUGGUGUCAAAAAUCAAAACUCCAGUGCCUCCUGUGAUAUUCGCCUGGACCCGUGCAUUGUCCCUCCCACUCCGCCGCCCAGUCCACCAUUCAGAGGGAGAGACAGGAGGCGGUACAGGAAGAGGUCACGUAGUUCAGACUCAAACUCCAGCUCGUGCUCUUCAUCCUCCUCAUCCUCCAGCUCCGGGUCCUGCUCUCCAAAAAGACAGAAACGUCACUAUCGGAGUUCAGACAGCAGCUCGUGUUCAUCCUCUCCAUACAGCUCUACUUCACGCUCUCCACCACGACACAAACAGCAGUUCUCCAGAAACAGAUUCAGCCGGUCUAGAUCCAGUUCUUGGUCUAGAUCCAGAUCUCGGUCCCGUUCUUAUUCACCCUCUCAGAGAGUCGAAACAAGAAGAAGACUGGGAGAUGUUUGCAGCAGUCGAGAGUCAAGAAAGCUCAGAAGGGAGCGGGAAAUAAGGGCCCAGAAACUCAGAGCCAUUGAUGAGCGGCGAGUGGUGUAUGUGGGCCGUAUCCGCAGGACUAUGACACACGAAGAACUCAGAGAACGCUUUACCCAGUUUGGGGAUGUGGAGUCUGUCUCACUUCACUUUAGAGACAGGGGUGACCAUUAUGGCUUUGUCACCUUUUACAACAUGGAAGAUGCGUUCGCUGCCAUUGAUAAUGGUGGAAAACUCCGGAGGCCUGAUGAACUUCCAUUUGACAUUUGCUUUGGUGGAAGAAGACAGUUCUGUAAUUCGAAUUAUGCAGAUUUAGAUGCAAACCGGGAUUUAGACUCUUCUCCUGUCCGAAGCAGAUUUGAGGAGGUCGACUUUGACUUGUUGCUCAAACAGGCUCAGAAAGGGUUAAAGAGGUAGCUCAGAUACAUAAUUUAAGAUAUUAAUUAACCUCAGGGCUUAAGCUCCAUGUAUGUAGCAACUAAUUAUUGUAUAAUGUAAUGUUUACAAUAAUGCAUGUUUGAAUUGAUGUUUACAAUGAAUCUUAUAAUUUGUAGCACUGUUGUUUGCAUAAAACUAUUAUUCUUUAUAUAAUGUGCUUCAUUCCUUUUAAUGCAUUUCAAGUUUUUCUACAUUUAUAUGUAAAGAAAUAAAUAUGACUGUUUUCUGGUUGACUAAA